AAAUUUUUUUCUUGAGACAUUUUUUUUAGACAUUUUGUAACACAUUUAGUGUGGUUUUGUGCAGUUUAAGGAACGAAAAUGAGUCAACAUUUUACGAUUCCCGAAUUGAGGAAGUGUUUGAAGCGGCUUGAUCUGCCGACGUCAGGAUCGAGGAAUGAUCUUUUAUCAAGGUUGAAUGCGGCGGAUCCGGAAGGUACCUGGAUGACUUCUGCAGACGAAAGUGACAAUGAGUGUCAAGAAGCAGGUGCGAGUGGAAUGGCGGUACAACAGUCUGGUCCAAGUAACGAUCACGAAAGGGAAUUAGAGUUCGUUCGACGAGAGAGGGAUCUGUUACAGCGGGAAAUGGAGCUUAUGAGACGGGAGAACGAAAUUUUAAGAAGUUCACCGAGGUCUGUGCAGAGUUAUGGAUCAAAUGUGAACAUGAGAGUGGUGGGCGAUAUGCUACGCGAUUUUGAUGGGUCCACUAACACGCUUUCGGUGUGGGAAAAAUCUUUAAGAUUAUUACGAGAUACGUACGAAUUAGACGAAAAGUCCGUGAAAAUUUUGAUCGCCACAAAAUUAAAGGGGAAAGCAUUAGAAUGGCUGCACUCAAAACCGGAACAUAUUGAAAUGAGUGUUGAAGUUUUGUUGGCGAGUAUGAAGAAAAUGUUUGACCAUCGCCAAAGUAGAUUAGCACUGCGCAGGAAAUUUGAAGGAAGAGCGUGGGGAAUUUACGAAAAUUUUAGUGAGUAUCAUCACGACAAGAUGAUUUUGGCCAAUCAAGUGGGUAUUGACGAAGAGGAAUUAAUAGAAUAUAUAAUCGAGGGAAUUCCAGACGAUGGGUUACGAAGCCAGGCAAGGAUGCAUCGCUUUACGGGACCGUCGGAAUUGUUGGAAGCCUUCGAAAACAUAUCGUUAAGGCCCAACGUGAAGAGGAACAUCGUUGGAGACAGGGGAAUUAUGCCCCAUCGACCGAGUGGCAAUGCAAGUGCUGUGAAUCCACCGCAGCCUACGCGGCGGUGCUUUAAUUGUUAUGGAGAGGGACAUCUGGCAAGCUCCUGUCCCAAACCCAAGAGGGAGCGCGGGUCUUGUUUCUCCUGCGGGGAACAAGGACAUGGCUACCAGAGGUGUCCAAAAACAUCGAGAACGGAGGCAACAACGUCAACGAGCGUGUCGCUGGUGGAGAAGAGUUCGAUGACCGAGGAACAGCGGGGGUGUUUACCACUCCAGGGCCCAUCCCGAGAUUGCUGCGUUUUACUUACGGAAGAGAAAGAAGUUAACUAUUUCGUCGAGGCACUGGUAGAUUCUGGUAGUGCCAUAAAUCUUAUGACUUAUAAGACAUUUAAGAAUUUUUUCAGCGAGUAUGAAUUGGUGCAAGGUAAGCCCAACUUUAAUUAUGGAGGUGUGAACCAAUCACCGGUGUCAAUUAUGGGUUAUGUUAACGUUAGAAUUAAAUUACAAUUAUUGCCGAAUGAUAUUUUUGACGUCAGAUUUAUGGUUGUACCUGACACGACAAUGACGUACAGCGCUUUAUUAGGACGCAAAUUUAUAACCAGACCCGGGAUGACAGUCAUUCUCAGCAAAGGAGUACGUAUUUAUUAUGAUAGAGAAUAUAGAGACGAGAUAUUAAGUAUCGAAGCCAUAGAAACGAAAGAGAAAUUAAAUAUAGUUCCGGAAAACUUAGAUGAGGCACCUCCCAUUGAGGUUAAAGAAAUUUCGAUGAAAUCAUUAGAUAAUUAUGUGAAUUUAGAUAACAAGGUAGAACGCGUUAAUAGAUUUUUAAGAUCCAUUUUAGCUAAGUUAUCUGCAGGAGAAUCAUGGCUGAAAGCAUUAAGUAAAGCUCAAUUUACAUUGAAUAACACGUAUCAUAAAGCGAUAGGAACCGAACCAAGUCUACUUUUAUUUGGUUAUUUGCAAUAUGGAUUUUCGGAUGACGAUAUCCGAGAAUAUUUUCGUAUUUAUAAUGAAACCGACGAAGAUCGAGAUAAGCUUAGAGAAGCAGCCUUUCUACAAAAUCGUAGGUUACAAGAGUAUAAUAAGAGUGUAUUUGAUAAGAAACAUAAGAAACCAUAUGUAUACAAACUCGGAGAUUAUGUUAUGAUUAAAAAUGUGGUUACGACGCCGGGUAUAAAUCAAAAACUUUUGCCAAAAUAUAAAGGGCCUUAUGUGAUAGACAAAGUGUUGAGAAUGGACAGAUAUUUAAUUAAGGACAUUGAAGGAUUUCAAUUGAGUGCGAAACCCUUUUCCGGUGUAUUUAGUCCUGACAGAAUGAAAUUGUGGAUAGGUGACAGUGAAUGUGAAGUGGAAACAAAUUCCCAAGAAGAGGACUUACAAUAA